UUUUCAUGGCAUGAAUUUUCCGCUAGCAGCUUUCACAGUGACACGAUUCACCCCCCGUCAUCUUGUUUAACACAGCGAGCGCUGCUCUGAUACAAGUCCCGACCUCACCCUCGACACAGGACGAGAAACCCUACAGACAUUAAACCAGUUUUUGAAGAACCGUUCUUCUGCAUCAGUUCUCAGGCUUCACCUGCUUCCUUUCUGCUGAAUUCCUCCAGUAAGGUGCCACAUAGCUUCAAUGCAUUAUUUAACUUCAGCUUUGGAAAUAACACUAACACCGAUAACUCUGUUUUAGGCCAUGGAUGACGUCGAGAUCACAGAGGACAGAGACAAACUGAAGCGAGGCCUGGUGAAGGCACUGCAGUGUGUAGCCACCAUCUCGUCUGCAGCCACUGUGGUGAACCCCAUCUUCGGUGUGGUAGGCUCGCUGAUUCGCGUCAUCCUCCACCACGUGGAUGACGAGGAGAUUCAGACCCUUCGACGUGAGUUUGUCAGCGUGAACCGAUCACUGGAUGAGGUUUCGAGGCAAAACCAAAGCACACUGCUCCAGAUCAGGAAGGAGACGCUGGACGGGCAAUACAGCCAAGUAGAGAACAACCUACGCAACCAGUUCCGUAAGUUCAUGGAGGUGGUGAAAGCACGACCCGAGCACGUGAAGAGCAAGAGCAAAGAUUUUGAGGAAAGCUUUGCCAACGACUUGGGUGACCAGAACCUGCACACACUCUACGAUGGUGUAAUGGGCAAGUCCAAGCUGUUCAGCCGGCCCAUCCUUGAAGUCUACAUGACUUACUCUAAAGGAGAGAAGAGAGUGAUGGAGCGCCUGUGUACACACAUCACCUACCUGUUCUGCAUCGGCCUCAUCCCUCUGAUGGGUUACGCCACGAUCAUCGGUGAUGACGAAGAGGGCCUGAGAGAGGAAUGGGCUGCGAAGAUGGAGGAAGUUCAAGAGAAGAUGCAGGCGGUGCUUAGGAAGUGCAAGUGAUUCCUUUCACCUCAUUCACUGAACAUUAUUUUAUUAAUCAAGGGACAAAAUUGUAUAAUGGCACAAAAUUUGUCUACAAAACAUCUCAAAAUGUAAAGAUUCUAAAAACAACAAUUUUCCUUUGUUUUGUAAAUUACUCAGAUAUAAAAUAAACUGUGUUUUAACAUUUAA